UGGGAUGUCAAUCGACAUCCGAUCCCACCAUUACAACAUGUCAUUUUCAUGUACAGUCGGUUCUUCGUUAGCACAAUCUAGGAUUUGACGAUAGGAACCAAUAAGACAAUAGAUAUUCUGGCAGUAAUCAGUAGCAUAGACGUCCUCUGUCGCCUACGGACAAGUCGCAAUGAUAACACUAAUUUACUUCUUGCUGGUGGUCUCUGUUUCAGCCACGCAGGAGUGCAGUUUCGGUGAGAUUUCUGCGGACACAGCUCAGUUCAAGAUCAAUUUGUACCACCAGUAUAUCCACGGGAGACACUUCGAUGUUGAGCAGAGAGUCUGUGACCUGGCACUUAACGUGACACAGGAUCUCAUCUCCACGUUCUCUAGAGACUUGGACGCGCUUCUCACCAUAACGUCACAGAUAUUCAAGUUGUUCAUCAGCCUUGUCAAGGAUCGCGGCGGCAGAGGAUGUGUCAAGGAGCUGAAGGAGAGUUUCCAGACCAUUUCAAAGAAAGAAUCAAAGGUAUUCAAGAGCUGUAUGACGCUGCCAUUUCACAAGCAGGUCGAGCUAAAGAAGGAAGUAGUCUCUUUCCACAACGAAUACCAGAAUGCAUUCAUGAGGAUCCUGGCAAGACUAGACCAAUGUCAGUCCCAGUUUCCCAACGCUGCGGACAAGGACAAACUGAACGGCUGUGUCAAGUCAAAUCACGAGCGUUACUUCAAAAAAGUGGCCAACAUAGGGCAGGACCACUUCAACGACUCUUGCAUGAAAGUAUUUGUCGAGUCCAUAGCAAACUGUCAAGCAAAAAGCUUGGAUAAAGUCAAGAGCAAAACCUCACGUCUCCUGAAGUUGCUGACUAACUGUGCACAACUUUUUAACGCAGACAUAGAUCCUAAACUCAAAGCAUCCGCUAUGUCAGCGGAAAAACAAAUUGUCCUCGUACCUAGUAUAGAGGCACAAAUUAAGGAAGCCCAAUCUACAUAUGGGAAUAUCAAGACGGAUGACGCAUUGGAGAAAUUUAUAGAUUUCAUGGUAAAAGCUUACACGACAGUUCUUGAAGACCAUCCCAACGGGUACUACGAUAAGCAGUUCAAGAAGGCUAUGGACUCAUACUUAAAGGCAGUUGAUCGUUCUCUCCGAGAUAACAAACACCCUCAAGACACGACCUGUGGCAGAACUGCGCUCCAACGCUUGAAUGAAAUUGUAAAGCGAGCUUCCAAGGAGUACGAUAAUUGUUAUUCACAACGAUCAAGGGAUACUAGUAUAUUAAUUAAUGAUAUAGCAAACUCGCACACAUUCCUUACCAGCAAAGUGGAUGAAGUGGGAGACAUCGCCAUCUUGAACUGUCUCAAGGACGGCUAUAUCUUCCAGACCAACACUAUAAUGACGUGUUUCGACACGAAGUUGCGGCACUUCACCACGUUCGAUUUGCCCAAACACCUGAAAUUCGCUGAGACAAUGGUAAAAAUAUUGCACGAAGAAGUACCUUAUUACGGUAACUCCACUAAGUUGUUACCUUGCGCCGAUAAGGUCUUGCAGGAGACGAAACUGAAGGCCGACAAUGAACUGUUCACGUACCAGAGGUGCAUGUACAAGAGCACAGGGACGGACUAUUCGGUCAUGGAACUCCAAAGAGCCAUAGCUUCUGGUGUUCCGUUCAUCUCUCACUACUUGAACUCAAUCAGGAUAUUCAAUGCAUCGAGUAAAACUUAUGAUGAAAUGUAGUUUACUAAAUAAACCAAGAACAAAAU